AUGCCUGGCCUCCCUGCCAGCGUAGACCUCGACGAAUGCAUCGCUCGCCUGUACCGCAAGGAGCUCCUCGCUGACUCCGUAAUCGAAGCAAUAUGCGCCAAGGCGAAAGAGUUGUUGAUGAAGGAGAGCAAUGUCGUGCACAUACAGGCGCCGGUCACGGUCGUCGGAGACAUUCAUGGACAGUUCUUUGACAUGAUUGAGAUCUUCAAGAUCGGUGGAUACUGCCCGGACACCAACUACCUCUUUCUAGGCGAUUAUGUCGACAGAGGACUGUUCAGCAUAGAGACCAUCUCGCUCCUGGUCUGCUUAAAGCUCCGAUAUCCGCAGCGCGUGCAUCUGAUCCGCGGCAACCACGAAAGCAGAGGCGUCACGCAGUCGUAUGGCUUCUACACCGAGUGCAGCCGAAAGUACGGCAACCCGGCAGUAUGGCACUACUUCACAGACAUGUUCGAUUACCUGAGCUUAUCUUGUGUCAUCGACGACAAGAUAUUCUGCGUACAUGGCGGUCUCAGUCCCAGCAUACACAGCAUAGACCAGAUCAAAAUCAUCGACCGCUUCCGUGAAAUCCCACAUGAAGGACCCAUGGCCGAUCUCGUUUGGUCAGAUCCGGAUAGCGAACGAGAUGAAUUCAGUCUGUCGCCGCGCGGAGCAGGAUACACGUUUGGCGCACAGGUGGUCAAGAAAUUUUUGGAGGUCAACAGCAUGACGCACAUUCUCAGAGCACAUCAGCUCUGUAACGAAGGAUAUAUGGUCAUGUUUGAUGAUCGAUUGUCAACCGUUUGGAGCGCACCCAACUAUUGUUAUCGAUGUGGCAACUUGGCCAGCGUUCUUGAGGUCGGACCCGGCGGCGAACGGAAAUGGAAUGUCUUCGACGCCGCACCAGAAAACGAGGCGCAUAGACUGGAACAGCAGCAGCAGCAACAGCAUGCUGGGAAUGAUCCAGUUCGAGACUACUUCCUCUAG